AUGGAACAAAUAAAGAGGGCAAAUAAACUGUUCACUAAUGACUGUAUAUUUCUGAGGAAAACCCUGAAUAUUCCUAUUAUAUCAGAGAAACCAUUACUGUUCAAUGGACUUAAUUCACUGGAGUCUCCUGAGAAUGAAACUGUUGACAGCUCCCCUUCUUGUGAUGAAGGACUAGUGACAGUUCAGGAAGAAAGUAGUUCUUCUCCCAGUCCUCAAGAGCCUGACAAUCAGCCUGCUGCACCAGAAGAACUAUCUGCCAAAGAUUUCCUACAGAGAUUGGACUUGCAGAUUAAGUUAUCCAAACAAGCAGCCAGAAAACUAAAAGAUGACAGUGUCAGAGAGGAGGAGAAUGAGGAAGGUCCCUAUGCAACUUCUUCAUAUCACCAGUAGAAGACGAUGUGGUGGCCUGGAAACUUUCCAUGAAAUCAGUUCUUAAAGAACUAAAUGGUCAAUAAUUCAAAACCCAAGUCUUUUGGACUCAUCAUCUUGAUGUACUUAAAACAAAUUAUGAAUGGGUAAUUGCACUGAAAUUAUGACCUCUUCUGCCUUCCAUAGGUUAAUGUCCUUAUGCUAUAUCAACAAAGGGUUUAAGCCUUCCAAAACUAGAAAUGGCCUUUAUACCCCUUCUGUGCAAAGUGUAGCAUGGUAGCAACAAUAUAUCCUUGAGGUCACCUUUAUGCAGGAUGUUGAUCUUUAGUAAAGAUUUUGUAAAUACUUGUUAAAGUGAAGUUUGUUUUAAGUAUUUAAAAAUAUUACAUAAGUUUGCUUGUAAAUGACAAACUGAAAAUAAUAGAAAUUUACUUACUCUGCAAGCACAGGCAAGUUUGCUGUGGAAGUUUUGUCUACUUCAGGGCUGCAGAACUUGCCUCUGAACUCUGUGUGUCUGUGUGUGGUUAUGAUGUAUUCCUAGAAAGGAAUUUGACUUGUUUUGAUUAAAGCCUUUAUGGUUAUACAACUGUUUGCAAGUUAGAUUUCUGCUAAUAGAAGAAGAGUUUCAGCGAGAGAUUUUUCUUUGUGAGAUAUGACAUUGGAAUAUCAGAUGUGUGUUCUUGUGUGCAGUUAUAUUUUGUGUGGUUUUAAUUUAAUAAAUACAUAAA